AUGUUCGACAGUUCCCAGUACCCCUACAACUGCUUCAACGACGCUGAGGACUUCCCCGCCGGCCCUGAGCAGGAGAAGCUGCUCUCCCGGCCGGCAUACAGCUACAUCGCACUCAUCGCCAUGGCCAUCCAGCAGAGCCCAGAGGGCCGCGUGACCCUCUCGGGCAUCUACGACUUCAUCACGCGCCAGUUCCCCUACUACCGCGCCAACCAGCGCGCCUGGCAGAACUCCAUACGCCACAACCUGUCGCUCAACAGCUGCUUCGUCAAGGUGCCCCGGGCCGAGGGCCACGAGAAGGGCAAGGGCAACUACUGGACGUUUGCCGGCGGUUGCGAGUCGCUGCUCGACCUCUUUGAGAACGGGAACUACCGGCGGCGGCGCAGGCGACGCGGCCCCAAGCGGGCCUCCCGAGACGAGGGGCUCGGGGCAUCGUGCGCGGGCCUCGCGGGGGCACCCCAAGGCCCGCUCCAGUCCGCCGCCGGUGCGCCCAGGUCCCCGGUCCUGGCCCUCCCCACUGUGCCCCAGACUCCCGCCGUCCCUGCGGCGCUGGGGAAGUCCGACCAAAGGGACAUCAAAUUCAGCAUCGACUACAUCCUGUCCUCCCCGGGGCCGGGGUCGCCCCACCCCACGCAGGUGGGCAAGCGUCCCCGGAUUCAGUCAGAGCUGACCAGCCUCCGUUUCUGGGCAAUGUGA